UCACCUCCUCCUGUCCGACGUCAGCCAUGAAGGCGACGACAUCGUAGCCUUCAUCAAUGAGCCAGGCAAGAAUUGUCGAGGUGUCUAUACCACCCGAGUAAGCCAAGAGUACCUUUCCCUUUCCAGCGGCCAUAUUUGCAAUAAGAGAAGUAGUAGUUGGGAGGGGGUAUGAAAGGAAAGUAUAAGCAGAGGGGUGGUGAGGAAGAUGGGCGGGGAGAGAAGAACUUGUCCCGCCCUUUAACUCUGGUGAGUGGCCGUGCCUUUGAAUCUUCCUGGCUUGGAGUCAGUGCGCUCGCCUCUGUGUGCUGCAAGUCCUUCUCGUCUACAUUUUUUCUCUCCAAGGGAUUCAUCCGCGCAUCCCUCUGCUCCAGUGCCUGGUCCAUCCCACCCCUUUGGCCUCUGCCCGCCCCCUGCACGCGCCCCAAGGGGGGACGGGCCAGGGAGAAGAGCGCUCGCUGCCCGAUAAGCUACGAUUGGAGCCCACAGGUCGAGGAGAAUGCACACAUGACCCCUCUUCUGAGCGGUCAAAGCACGCACACUCACAGCACUGGAUCCUGUUCCUCCUCUCCUUGGCAGGAGCCAGCAGGCAGACAGGCAGAAGUCAGGCGACGAUGCAUGGAGACAGACAAUCGAUCCUCUUUCUUUCCUUCCAGAGAUGCUGAUGAUUCACUGUGUGAUUUUGGUGCGUAAGGUGUAGGAAAUGGGACUAGAAGGACAAGAGCAGGAAAGCAAUGGAACCUUCAAAAUGAGAGUGAGGCAACAAGACCCGAGAAAUGGGGAAACAUCGACAGUUACACAGAU